AUGAUGUACAAGGAACUCUUAAAGCGUUUUGAACGGGUUUGUGAUAUUGCCUUGGAUACUGAAGUGAUGAGGCGAUAUGUUAAUUAUCAUUUGAACAGAUUGGAGCAUGACCUUUCGAAUUGGGAUGAUGAUCAAAUGAUAGUUCCAGAUUGGGAAUUGAAAGAUACACAUGAUCGUGUGGGUGGGGGUGAAGGUGAGGGUGGGGGUGAAGGUGAGGGUGAAGGAAGAAAUAUAAGAGAUCCUAGAUACGUAGCUUCUCAUGGACGUCCAAGGUUGAAUAGAUAUAGAGGGCGAAUUGGUUCAUACUUUAGAAGUUCACAAAUGGGCGGUGGAAGUGGAGUUAGAGGUAAUAGGAGGGGUAGAGGUGGUGGUAGAGGUGUUGGCAGAGGUGGUGGUAGAGGCCGUGGUAGAGGCCGUGGCAGAGGUGGUGGCAGAGGUGGUGGAAAUACUGGGCUAGCGGAAGGAAUUGAG